AUGUCGGCUUUGUUUAGCUUGCAGGGUCUGCUUACUGUGAUUUUACUCUUCAUCUGUACGUGUACUUAUAUCAAGAUGAAAUUCCCUACGCUCUUCGAUCGUGGUCAGCUGCCAGGAAAGCACGAGGGUCUCGGUGGGCUUUGCUGGAAAGCUUCGCGCAUUGGGGAGCGCAAAAGUCAAUAUGUGGCUACUGCACUUGUCAUAAUGGCUGUGCACACGCUUUUCUUCUCGUGA